AUGGCAGCGGCAAAACAAGAAUCCAGGGAUGAAUUUGUCGUUAGUUCUACGCUUCAGAGCCGCUACGCGACAAACAAUGGAUUAAAUGAAUCUUUAUUAGAAGGCCAGGUUUCUCAUUACGACAACAUCGAAAAGCAUUUAACAAGGCUUCCACAAUUCAAAGAUUCCGCCGAAUUUUUGGAUUGUUUGGCACAUUUUAGUGGGAACGACGUGGAUUUGGGCGACAUCAGCAGAUUCGAGAGCCAAUUUGGUGGAGGGGAGGAGACAUACAAAUAUGAAGUGAUCAUAGAGAAUCAAAGAGGGGCAACAUUACUUGGAAUACCUAUGUAUAGUCGAGAAUCGCUUUUGUAUCCUCUAGAUCCUCCCAAGUUCCAGACAUUAAGAGGACAUGCGAUUACAAGUCUCAACCUGUAUCCUUUGCCCAGUAGAAGCUGGCGUUGGAGUUGGAACAACUGGUUUAUUUUGAUGAUCCAAGAUGUGGACCAAGAAGGUUGGGUUUAUUCUAAGGUUCGUUUUGGAAGCCGCAAAUGGAAAGGAGUAGGAAGGUUUGGGAAUUUUGUUCGGAGAAGGGUUUGGGUGCGAAAGAGAGAACUAGCUCCAGGAGCUGAUGCAAGCUUGCUUCACUUGCCAACCACUUUGGUUCUGGAUCAAAAACACGCUCAUAUCAAUAGCCCCGAAAUCAAGCAUGAAAUAAGACAGGCAAGCCCAGAAGAAUCGAUCACUGAUAACAACUGCUCCAACAUCUCAACGGAGGUAACAUCUGAUUACGACAGUCAACUGGAGAACGUGCUGCUCAAACUAGACUUUUACAAAAUUGACCGCCUGAAAGUUGAUCAGAUUCUCAGCUUUUUGUUUGGUGCAGAUAGACAGCUUCUGCAGUAUUUGAUUGAAGAUCAGGAGCAGUCAGAUUCGCCGCAUUUGUUACAAAGUUUGGUCGGCAAAUUGGAAUUCAAUGAAUCAAAGCGCGCUUUUCUAAACAAAUACCACGCCAAACUUGAAACUAGCAACAAUGAGGAACUAGCCCUAAUAUACAAACUUUAUCAGAACUUGUUAGCAGAUAGCUUUUAUGGUUCUGAAAGGCGUCAAAUGUUAUCAAAAUAG